UGCGGGAAUUGUUCUAAAUUUGUUUUUAUAUAAUUUUAACGAAUCACAUUUAAAUGAGUGAUUUGUAUGAGUUUUGUAAAGUUGAAGAAUUUAUUUUUUGCAAUAAUGUGUUGACAAAAAUUCAAGAAUUUUACGAAAAAGAAAUUAAAAAGAAAGAAGGUUUACUGUUUACUAGCACUGCAAGAAAAUGCAUACUGCUCUUUGAAAAAUGUUUGGCUCGAGGAAGAUUUCUAAUACACAAAUGUGCUGAAUUAGUAGACAAUGUAAAAUCUGUAUCAGUUGGCAAGGAACCUGAUAGACGAGUAGCUGUAUAUGUUUUUAAUUAUAAAAGUAAUUUUAUUUUUGAUUGUACAAGGAAAAAAAGUAUGACAUCGAAAGACACCAGAAUUGAGAAAAAGAGACCUGACAAAGAGAUAUUUAUUCCAAGGUACAGAAGAGCAUGUGAUGAUUUAGCAACAAAGGUUAGCUCAACACAAAGUGAUAUUUCAAUUAUAAAAAAACAAGAUAAAGAAUAUAGAGGAAAAAACAAGAGUAAUAAAAAAUUAGAAAAUGGUGUUCCUAUAAAUAAUAAAAACAGUUCUGUUAAUAAAAUUAAAAGUAAAUCAUCAAGUUUUAAAAAUGAUGGAGGUUGUGAUCAAAAUGAUGGAGGUUGUGAUCAAAAUGAUGGAGGUUGUGAUCAAAAUGAUGGAGGUUGUGAUCAAAUCAAUAAUGGAGGUCAUGAUCAAAAUGAUGGUGGUUGUGAUCAAAUCAAUAAGAUGCCCAAUGAAUGUGGUAAUACUUAUAAUGAAUUGACUAGUUCCUAUCAAUUGCAAAGCCAACUAGAAAAUGAGCUAACAACAUCUUUACCAAUUGAUAGCAGCUUGUCAAAAAAUAGUAACAAGAUAUCUUUAAUUCAUCCUGAAACAACUAUCCCUUCAAUGUUAUGCAUUCAAAAUAUAGCGUUUAAGGAUAAUGCAACUAUAACUUUUGAAAAUUUUAAAACAGAUACUGUGUCAACAGUUCAUGCACACACUGUCACAGUAGAAAUCAUUCAAGAACUUUUACUUGACAUACUUAGCAAGAUAGAAAUUUUACUGGCCCCAGAUUACAGCUUUAAUGUAGCCAUACCAGUUUGCUCUGAAAAUUUUGAAAACCAAACUUUAUCUAGUUGUGAUAAUAAAAUAAAAAAUCAUUUACAAGUUCCUAAUAAUAACAAGCUUUUGACAGCUAGUGAAGUAGAAAAUGAUUCUUUUUCAUGCAUUUCAGCUAACUGCCAUGGAACUUUUAUUGAUCAAAUAGUGAAUGUUUCUGAGGAAUUGGUUUUAGACAACUAUCAUACAGAUAGUUCUCUGAAAAUGGAUUCUCAGAAUGAUAAUUCUCAUAUUUCUGAGAAAGGUAAUUCUCAGCAACAUCUACCUCACAAUUCUCAUACAGAUGAUUUUCAAGAAGAUAGUUCUCAGAAAAGUGAACAUUUGAAAUCAUCCAAGUCUUCUAGUAAAUUAUCCAAGAAAGAAAAAAAAUUAAAGAGAAAUAAAAAAAAAAAAAAAGUUUGUAGCAGCAUUGUUGAAAAAGAUGACAAUCAUCAUAUUGAAGUAACUAAAACAGUUGAAGACCAAUUGAACGAUUGUGGAAAUGAUUGGGAUUUGAAUUGGACAGAUGAUGGAACUUGUUUAAAUAAUGCUAUUUUAGAAUUUUCAUCAUUAACUGGUAUCAAAGAUCCAAUUGUUGAAGAAGCUCAAAUAAUUGAUUACUUAAGCUUUUCCACAAAAGAUAUUGUUCUAGACGAGGGUGAAUUUGGUCAUAUUGUGGAACUAUUUGAUUUUUCACCUGUUUUAAAGUCACAAGAUAUAUUUAAUGCUUUGAAAUGUGCUGGGGUGAGUGAUUAUAACAUAACAUGGGUAGAUGAUACACAUGCUUUGGCUGUUUUUUCAUCUCAAAAAGCUGCACAUGAAGCUAUCAAGAGUUAUUCGCCGAUGCUUCAGAUGAGACAGGUCAUUAAUGGAACAAGACAGUCAAAAAUAAAAGCGAGAGAAUUUAAAGAUGUACUUCUGCCUUAUAAAAAACGCCCGCCGACAACUGGAUCUGUAGCACGAAAUUUGAUUUCAGGAGCUUUAGGAAUUAAAACAAACCUAACUAAUGAACAAAAGAUUAAAGACAGGAACGUUUUAAAAGAAGCUCGAGAACAAAAAAGACUCAAAGCCAAGCAGAUACAAGACGUAUGGGAAGGUAACUAAGGAAGCUUCCUCUUUUUCAUUAAAAGGCGACCACCCGAUGGAAAAGCAAUCAAUAAUUCGCAUUAUUAUAUGGAGAGUAGACAAAUAGACAUUACGAUGGUUAUAGCUACGCAACGUUUACGACUCUAUAUUGAAUGUAUAAUAUACAUAAUAUGCUUAAUUUAAGUCGAUCAUAACAGUUUCAAAAUAAAAGAUCUUUGAGUAACAUCUGAAUUUGCUCGAUUGUAGUUAACACCGAGUAACAUCUAAAUUUGUUCGAUUGUAGUUUGUACCGAGUAACAUCUAAAUUUGCUCGAUUGUAGUUUACACCGAGUAACAUCUAAAUUUGCUCGAUUGUAGUUAGCGCCCUAAGGCUAUAAUCUCGUUUAUCAUAUUUAUGAAAACAGGUCAAUGAGAAUUUUUGUGUAUAAUAAAUUUAAAUGUAACAAAUAAUCAAAAAUUGUAAGCUUGUAUAUAUCGAGCAGUAAAAAUGUAAUUUAGUAAUUUUAAUUCUAAUUAAAGAUGUAAUAAAUGUUUACUUAUGAUUUA